UGAUUUGUUUGUUCAGGAGGGGGAGGGCUCCAGGCGAGUUUAGGGGGAGGUGAGUAACAAAAUGGUAGGGUUUAAAGAUCAGUUAAGCCCCCUCCCUACAGCGGGUGGUAUAUAACAUGGGGCAACAUGCUGCUCGCGCAUUAUAUGUUGGAAGUCUGGUCGGGAGAUAGAAUGAAAAGGGUCUUCACAAUACGUUAGAAAGAGAAAUCAUGACGCUGUUUUUCCUGUUACUGUUGCUAGCCAGUUCCAGUGCUGCUCUUCCCCUGGAUAACGCGAGUCAAGAUGACAUCCUCCCAACGCCUUCUGAAGGCCUUGCUAUAUUGCCAACUCCAACAGGGGCAAAGUCUCGGUUUGCCAUGCUAGACGACGUCCGCCUUCUUGCAAAUGGCCUCCUUCAGCUGGGCCAGAGCUUACGGGAGUUUGUGCACAAGACCAAGAACCAAAUCAAUGACAUCUUCCAAAAACUGAAUAUUUUUGACAGGUCAUUUUACCAACUUUCAGUGGUCACAUCAGAAAUCAAGGAGGAAGAGGAAGAACUGAAGAGGACAACCGGUGUAUUGAAAACAAACAACGAGGAGAUCAAGAACCUGUCUUUGGAAAUCAAUUCGAAGAUCAAUAACAUUGUGCAGGAGCGUGAACAGCUACAGAGCAAGGUGGGAAGUCUUGAGGAGAGGUUGAAGGGACUGUCGGAACAUACGCUCCAUCCUGACCAGCUCAAAGAAAUUACAGCACUCAAGGAGAUGAUUGAAACUCAGGAGAAAACAAUCACAAGUCUACUGAAAGCUGUGCAGGAACAGCAUGAGCAGCUUGACCAUCAGAAAAUCCAAAUUAAGAAUAUGGAGGAAAAGCUCAACUAUGACAAUUUCCAAGAUACAGCCGAUAAAGCAAUGGAUUUGGAGACGACAUCUCCAGACAUAUUUGAGUAUCUGACAAGAAAUACAUCUGACUUAGAUGAAAACGAUUUGCCUGUUGACUGCACUGAUUUAUUUGAAAGAAAAGUGAACAAGAGUGGAAUUUACACCAUCAAGCCAAAACAAUCUGAGCCUUUCAACGUUUACUGUGAAAUGGGUUCUGAUGGAGGUUCAACUGUGAUCCAACGCAGGGUUGAUGGGUCAGUGGAUUUUGACCAGACAUGGGAAAAGUACGAAAAGGGUUUCGGAGAUCUGGAAAAGGACUUCUGGUUGGGUCUGAAGAAGAUCCAUAGUAUAAUACAACAAGGAUUGUACAUCUUGAAAAUUGAUCUGGAGGACUGGAAGGAGGAAAAACACUGGGCUGAGUACCACUUCUCAUUGGAUGACGCCACUGAGCAUUAUGCACUCCAUCUUAGCCACUUCUCCGGUGACCUGGUUGAUGCCAUGCGCAACAGUUCCGGUGUGCGAUUUUCCACCAAAGACCAAAAUAAUGGCAAUCCACAAGUUUCUCACUGUGCACGCAAUUACACAGGUGGUUGGUGGUUUACGGGAUGUGGAGAGAACAACCUUAAUGGAAGGUAUCUGUGGGUUAGACCGAAGGCACGUCCUGCGAGAAGAAGGGGUAUUCCCUGGAAACCUGGCAACGCAUCAGCAUAUUCCCUCAAGAUGACCAAAUUCUCCAUCCGACCUGCCACAAGUGCUGAAGGUUUCAACUGAAACUGACAUCCAUGACAACUCUGACAACACUACUGGCAUUUUUUCAUCAACCACUAAUGUACAUCACUGAAACAUAACACAAAUGCUUGUCAAUUAUGUUAGAUUUUUGUUGUGCAGUAUCACGGAAAACACGAUUUUGGAGGAGGCUGUUAUAGCACACCAAACAAAACAAGUACCCUUUUUUUCGGAUGUUGACGAAAUUAAAAUCCUCAAAUUUUCUCAAAAAUCGACACAGCACCUUGUAAUGCGGUGUGCCCUGAAUGGAUGGAUUUAACUCAAAUUUAUUUCUGUUAUGUUUGCGCUCUCAUUUUCAUCCGCAUCUUUUCGCUAGCUGGUGGUUGUUUUCGUCAUGCUGGAACGACUUCCUCCUUCCAUGUCUAAGAAUCAUAGGAAUUAUAGUCCUUCUAGUCGAACGAGAGCUAAUUGUAGCGGUGCAUUUUCAAUUUUACAAUGUGGGACAAUAUCAUCUACGAGACCGAGAAGUGUACAUAGUACAUACACAUAGUACACAGUACAUAGCACAUAGUGUUCAAAAGCACAGGUUACAAGUAGGGAUGUCACAAACAAAUCUUUUUGAAAUUUAUUAUCCUAUUGAUUAUUCCAUCGGUUACUUUGGGAAUCGCUCCACCCCUGCCCUACGAGCACACGCUACCCACACCUGUAUUUUUCCCCCCCUGCUGGGGAAAAUGUCCUUUGAAUAAGGACUCCUUUCCACAUAAAAAUUGUUUACCAAAUUUGACGUUUGAACACCUCACCAAAUUCACCUAAAUAAAGAACAAUUUAAUAUUGAUUUUCAAGGGUGUGGUGUUGUUCAAAUUUGCAAGUGCCCCUCUUUCCCAUUAAUAGCUGAGAACUUAACAAAAUGAUCCAGCAGUGACUGUGACGUUCGCCUGCUCCUUAUUUAUUUUACAUAUUUCCCACCAGGGACGUACUGGGACCAAAAUUGGCCCAGGAUAUACUUCAAAGGCAGGGCGUGGGGUGGGGCGCCGGUCUUCACACGCCGAAAUGUUUUCAAAAGUUAACCAGCGACGGGGGGUGGUCGUGGGUGGGUGUUUUAGCCAUCAUGUGGUUUGAAUGGUCUGGAAUAGAGCGUCCGUUCUGGAAAAAUCAACAUGUUCUCAAAAUUCCCGAUGGCCAGCACGCCCGUUUCCCACAAUAACCACACCGCCCUACACUCACAGUCAAUCACUGGCCAUUUAGAUGAUUUGGAGCAAGCUAUGCUAAGCUAAGUUCGCUGGAGAAAGUUGAACACGCACAAGACAACUCCAACAAUAUAGAGCGAGUAAGUUAAAGGUCAUACUUUGCUCUCUGUUUAGAUAGUGAUCAAACUACAGUAACUGCGACAAGGCUUUUCAGCCUGUCCAGGGUGAGCUGCACUUAUUUUUAAAUGUCUCAAAGGAAUUUCAGUAAAAGGCCACUCCCACAAGCAUCAUUUGCUAAAUGAAUAUAAUAUAGUAGAGUCUACAAACGCCACAGAGUUUGUUCUAACUAGCAAUGGUAGGGUAUAUUACAUUAGCUAAUAAGUAAAAAUCCGAACUUACCCAUCAUAUUACAGUGGUGUCCGGCCGACUCACUCGUCGUCCAACGUAUACAUUCGUUUCCAACCUCCACCUCAAAGCGAGCCCAGCUCCAUUUGCAGUUGUGACAAAACUUUGAAUUCGACUAUUUAAGGAAUGAAUAAUCACAAUUGUCCGAAAAAUACAGACGUCUUAAAAAACUGCAAUGGGGAAAGGAUGCAACAAUGCCAUAAAGGUAAUCAGAGCUGGGCAUUAGAACUAUCAUCAUACAGCAAAAUAUAAGUCGCUUGAAAAAUGGAGAUUGAUUCAGCACGCUGACUGGAGUAUUACAACAAUCCAUUGGCAGACAAAACAACUAUGAAUGAUUAAAAAAAAAAAAAAAAGUAAUUGCAAAUGUAGCCUUGCUCAAUUUAUCUUUUCGCUUAACAGGAAGGCUCUACCUGACUUAAGUAUGUUCCCAGUGGCUUAGAGCACAAACCAAAAGAUAAAAGUCAAGUGAAAGUUAGGAAAUGAUGUGUUUAGUUUUGUUUGUGCCCAUUGUUUGUUCUCAUUUUUACUCACUUAAGUAUUUAAAUCAUGCACCUGCUUACGGUAUGCCGUCUGUUAAGAUAGAUAUUAUAUCUUUGAUAUUUUUGGGUCACAUUGACUCCUGUCAAUUGUACACAAAUGUUCUGUAAAUGUGUGUCAUCAUGCUCUGUACACGUGUUCGAAAGGCUCAUCACAUAAUAAACAAGAAUAUCAAAUGGC